UGUCAAGUACUGGAGCAAGUCACUUAGCAACACCUGUCCUUACUGCAGAGCAAGAGUUCAGGAGGGGGACUUGAUUCCAAACUGGAAACUGGCCAAUGUGGUUAAGAUCCUGAAAAUGUUGAUGAAGCAGGAAGCGGGAGGGCAGAGAGUCUGUGAGUGGCACCAGGAACGCCUCGGGUUCUUCUGCAAGGAGGAUGAAGUUUGCAUUUGUGUGGUGUGCAAGGAAUCCAAGGAGCACCAAGGUCACAAUGUGGUUCCUGUGGAGGAGGCUGCCCUGGUGUUCAAGCAUCGGAUUAAUGCCUGCCUGGAAACUCUGAUGGAUGAGAGGGAAAACACUCUGACAUAUAAAGCAGCAAGAGAAAGAGAAAUCAAAGAGGUGCUUGUGCAAACAGAAAUAGAGAAGGAGAGGACAGGGUUUGUCUUCAGACAACUGCACAGCUUUCUAGAAGAGCAAGAGAAGCUUCUGCUGGCUGAAAUAGAAGAGACACAGGAGGAGAUUGCAAGAAGCGGGGAUGAGGAGAUAGCCAAACUCUCCAGGGAACUCUCCUCUCUUGCAGGGGCCAUCCAGGAGUUGCAGGAGAAGUCUCAGCAGCCAGAAGAUGAACUGCUGCCGGAUAUUUGCAGCAUCUUGGAUAGGUGUGAGAUGGAUCCCUCUUUGGAGCCUGUAGCUUUUCCUCUCCCACUGCAGUGGAAGACUGUGGAUAUCUUUAAUAUAGCUCCCUUUCUAGAUGGCAUCAUGAAGCAACUUAAAGACAAUCUGGUAUCUGGACAUCAGCCGCAGAAAGCAAAUGUGACUCUGGAUCCAGAUACAGCUCAUCACUGGCUUGUCCUGUCAGAGGACUGUAAAAGCAUGAGAUGGCGAGAUGAAAAUCGACCCAGUUCUGAGAUCUUUGGCUUACAGCAUGUUGUGCUGGGAUGUGAGGGAUUCACUGCAGGCAGACAUUGGUGGGAAGUCAGUGUGGGAGAUGAGAAAGGAUGGGCUGUGGGAGUCGCCAGAGAAUCAGUGAGAGGAAAGGGACAUGAUCACUUAAUUUUGGGUGUGAAUGUUUGGGCUGCGGGGAGGCAGGGAGAUAUAAAUUGUUAUUUUCCCAGCUACCUUCAUCUUCCUCUAUCCCCAGAUAAUCCUGUAGAGAGGAUACGAGUAUUUUUGGACUAUGGUGGAGGGCAGGUAUUCUUUUAUAAUGCUGACUCUGCAGCUCUUCUCUGUGAUAUCUCGGGAGUCUCAUUCUUUGGAGAGCCCCUUCUCCCUUUCUUUAUGGUGGAUGUAAAUGCUUCCCUGACCAUCUCUCCCUGAAGCAGCCAAAGAGUGGAGAGAGAUGGAGUCAUGGAGAUAACUCAACAUUGCUUCAAGGCAUGGGACCAUCAUGUCAAUCCUGAAAGACCUUCUUUUUUCUUCUUGAAGGAGGCAUGUGCACAACUCUCAUUGGCCAGCCUGUGUGGAUCAGGGCUGCACAACUUCAGCCUUCCAGAAGUGGUGGGACUACAACUCCCAUCAUUCCUGAUGACUGGCCAAUGUGGCUAGGGAUGUUGGUAGUUCUGGUCCAGUAGCAGCUGGAGCCCCAAGGUUGUGCAGUCCUCUGUUGGAUGAAUUCCCGUUCUCAAAUAAGCAGGUCCACCUGCUGAUUCUUCUUUUAAAGGAAACUCUGUU